AUGGCUUACGAUGCGAACUCGGCAUAUCAGCCGCCGCAACGAGGAUAUUAUGGCCAGCAGGCGCAAGGUCGACAGGAAGCUCCGGCAUAUGCCAGGCAGCAGCAGCAGCAACACCAACUGCAGUAUAGUGGCUAUGACCAAGCAUCGUAUGGGCAGGACUAUCAGCAAAGUUACGAGCAGCAACCGCAACAAUACCACAGGCCGGAUGCGAGGCAGCCACAGCAGUAUGAGCAGAGAUCGCGUGGGUACGAGCAGAGGUCUGAGCAGCAAGGGUAUGGACAGGAUCCAAGGCAGGGACACCAACAACAGCUUCAUGGGCAGGACUCGAGGCAGCAGCAAUACGGUGGCUCGAACGGCUACGGCUACGAUCAGCAGGCACAAGCGCAGAACUACAGUGACGGCUACGAUGGUGGGCAUAGAAAGCCAAGGCCUGUGAGUGGCGAGAAGUUGCGACGACAGCAGCAAGAGGCCCAGGCACAGGCCCAGCACCAGUAUGCCGAGCAGCAGCCGCAGUAUGAUCAAGGCUAUGAUUCUCGAUAUCAACAGCAACAAUCGCAGCCCGAGCCGCAAAGACAUAUUCCGGCCCAGCAGCACAGACAACCACAACCGCAGCCUCAUCAGCAGCAGCAGCAGCAACCACAAUUUGCCGAACAGCCAGAACAGUAUGAGAGGAACUACGAUCCACGUUAUCAGCAGAGACCUGGACGAGCCACGCCGCAGGACAAUGGCCAGUAUCAAAGCCAAAGACCUCGACCACCGCCACCAGAUCAGCAGUACGAGCAGAAAGCUCAGGCCCAGCAUACUGGCAAUCGUGCUCAACCGACCGCGCAAAGACAGCCCGUGUACCAGCCCAGCACACCCAUCCAGACUGGCAUACAAGGACAACCGCAUGAUCAACGCAAUGGGCAGACACUACCUGUUGAGCAGACCAGACGGCCUGCACCAGUCACUGCAAACACAACCAGAUCUCAGCCAACACCACCUCCUGCACCGUCAGCCGACCAGAAGAAGAGAACGAUGGAUGAAUGGAAGGCUGCCGAAAAGGCGGCCCUUCACAAAGCAAUGGCACCAAAAGAGACUUUAGCUCAAGACAACGCUUUCCCGACGUUUCCAGCGAAGAAGAAGGAGCACCUAAAGCCCGGCGAUCGUUCGAACAACGAGAGCGCAAUGAGCAUGAGAUCUAGUGGAGAGCAGCCCAGGUUGUCAACUGACUCAAAGGAUCGUGAAUCCGUACCGCCGAUGCCGCAGAAACCUCCAAUGUCGCGGGACAACAGCUAUCAGCAAGAACGGCCGCAGCAGCAAGGACGGUUGGCACCACAAGGCCGGCCGUCAAUGGACCAUAAGCCGUUCUCUUUCGAGCCUCUCGGGAAACGUGAUGAGCAACAGCCGCAGCAGAGUCGCGAAUCUGCCGGCUCAGCACGUCAUGUGCCAACACAGCAGGCUCAGUACACCGGCCAUCACGAAGAGCGCCAGCAGCAGAGGCCUCCACAUGUCGCGGCACCGAGACAGGAUAUGCGUUCGCCACCGCAGGCACAACCAUACUCGCAGCCUCCACCUGUACAGGAGCAGCAAAGGCGUCCACAGUAUGACGAACGCCAGCAAUCAUCGUACAGUGAUGGCAGAUCAGUCAAAGAAGCAAGCAGGCCAAUGCCACCGACUAUCAACACCACGCAAGCCAUGCGACCACAAACAGUAGAGUAUGCCGAGCAACAACCAAUGAGCCCCGCUUUAGUGCCUCCACGACCGAGCACUGGUCAAGGCAAUCGACCUCAACUUCGCAAUGUACAAGCGGCGACGAGCCCGCAAUCGCAGCUCUCUUACUCGCAAACGCCGACUGGUUAUAACGCUCCCGGAGCACAAGCAGCCCAGCUCGCCGUCCACGAACCUCCACAGAGCAAGCGUGAAACACUCAGCGAUUUCUAUGCCGACUACCACGACCAGCCGCAGCCUCCCCUCCCUCAACCACAGCUCCCAUCACAAAGGAGAGAUAGUGAGAUCGAGCAGGAAAUGCCUGACUUUGAUGGUGCGGCGCCUAGUCAGCGUUCGAUGGCAGACAAACGAAAGACGCUUGAUAAGCAUUUAGCUGAAGCUCCGAGAGCUGCGGCGCCACCACUGAUUCCGAGGGUGUCUGAUCAAAGUGUACAGUCUUUGCCUAACAUGCAUUUUCAGCAGCCUCAUCAGCAGCCGCAGCAGCAACGCGAUGUAUAUCGGGAGAUGGUGAAUCGAAAGCAGCCGCCUGCUGAUCGACGCGGUCCUCAGGCCAACUACGGGUCGCCGCAUCCACAACAACAACAACACUCACAGGACCAGCCGCACUCACCUGCAGGACAGUAUCCUCCUCAGCAGUUUCCCGGUCAGACUCCGAAGCCGCCGUAUGCCCAGGAGCCACCAGUCCGACGGUCGAUGGACGAUGGGAGACAGACUGAUCCUCGACAAAUGCCAUAUCGCCAGGGACCUUCUCCGGGACAGCGUUUCCCAGGUCAAGGUCAGCCACCGAGAGGUCCGUACCCCCCUCAGCAGCGUCCUGGUAUGGAGCAGCGUGGUGGAUCUGGCCAGACAGUACAGACAGUGUGGUCCGAUCCUGGUCAGCAGCGCGUGCCAAGUGCGCCGCCAUUACAGCAAGGACUACGACAACCACCCGGUCCAUUUGGGGCGAUGCAGCCGAUUGGACACCCUCUAUCGCAGCAGCGCUCUGCACCCGAAGAUGGACAGUCUCGUCACAGCAAUCCUGAUGCGCUUCCACAGCAUCCAGUACCCUUCAGACCUGGACUGACGCAGGAGUCUCAAGUGAGCCAGCCCGCCAAGCCACAUCCUGUGCGCAACUACGAUACUGCUUCCAUUGCAAGCCAUGGUCGGCAAGCAUCUCUAGCCGAGCCUACACAGCCAGUCACACCGCAUGAGCUGGAGCAGCUGCGAAACGUCGUGAACAAUAACCCAGGUGACGCCAAAGCUUCCUUCCGUCUGGGUAAGAAACUGGUCGAAGCGUCCAAAUCACUUGCUUCAGAAGGUGGCCGCGCAGAUCCUAAAACAACAACGAGGAACUACGAGAAAUACGUCCUCGAAGCGCACAAACGCAUCAAGAAAGCCGCCACGGCGGGGUAUCCCGAAGCCCAAUUCUACCUAGCCGAUGCUCACGGCCAGGGCUCCCUAGGCCUCGAAGCCGAUACAAAAGAAGCCUUUAACCUCUACCAAGCCGCUGCUAAAGCCGGGCACGCGGGUGCCGCAUACAGAACAGCCGUAUGUUGCGAAAUGGGACCCGAAGAAGGCGGCGGGACGCGGCGAGAUUAUGCCAAAGCAGUACAAUGGUAUCGGCGUGCCGCCGCGCUCGGCGACAUAGCAGCCAUGUACAAACUCGGCAUCAUCCUGCUCAAGGGCUUGCUAGGCCAGCAGAGGAAUAUUGGGGAUAGUGUGAAUUGGCUGAAGCGGGCGGCGGAGAAGGCGGAUAAGCAUAAUCCUCACGCCUUGCAUGAACUGGGGAUGUUAUAUGAGAGCACGAAUACUCAUCCGGAGAUCCGGGCGAAGAUUAUCGCGGAUGACAAUUAUGCCCGGGAAUUGUUCACGCAGGCUGCGCAGUUGGGGUAUAAGACGUCGCAGUUCCGGCUCGGGCAGGCUUACGAGUACGGGCAUCUGAAUCUACCCAUCGAUAAUCGCGCGAGUAUUAGCUGGUACUCGAAGGCUGCGGCUCAGGGCGAGCAUCAGGCGGAGCUGGCGUUGAGUGGAUGGUAUUUGACCGGUUCCGAGGGCAUCCUGAAGAAUUCGGACACGGAGGCUUAUCUGUGGGCACGCAAGGCGGCGCAGAGUGAACCGCCGUUGGCCAAGGCGAUGUUUGCCAUGGGGUACUUUUCAGAGAUGGGGAUUGGGUGUCCGAUUAGUAUGGAGGAGGCGAGGAGGUGGUAUGGACGGGCGGCUUCAUAUAAAUUCCCCAAGGCGCUGGAACGGCUGGAGGAGCUGAAGAAGAAUGCGAAGAGUAGGCCUACGCCAGGCAAUGGGAAGUUGAAGCGGGAUCAGAAGAGGGAUGAGGCCGAGUGCGCUGUUAUGUGA